UUCCGAUUCAGGAAUUCUUGACGUGGCCGCGUGUCGCCCGCAGCACGCGCUAGGGAGACAUUCGAGGAGUGCAGGCGGAGCAAACACCGUCAGAUUAAAUUUCUUUCCUCGACGCUCUUUCGGCAACAAAUAGGGAGAGGGGUACCGAGCGAGCCGGCGGGUCGAAGUAGGCGGAUGAAUCGAUCAUCGUCGGGUUCUUUGGAUUAUUGUUCGCUGGAUUUCGAUCUGUGCCGGUGGAGGUGUUCGCCAAGAUGAAGAUAUUUUAGGUUUUGGAAAAGCCUACUAUAUCUGCAUAAGGUUUCCUUUAAUAUCUUGCGAUAAAGUUUACUGAUCUCUCAAUCUUGGUCUGGGAACAAAGAGAAUAUCAAAUUGUUGAUCCCCGAUGUGAGAUUACCACUUUGUCAGAGGAAACCAAUAAUUUCUGCUUUCCUGGUUGACAUUCAUAAGAUGGAACCUGAUCUGGUCAUGGAAGUACCUGACACUCCUGACAGACUGGCACAGUUGGCUAACAAGUCAUCUGGCAGUUCAUUCCAGAAUGAGAAUAUCAAUGUAGAAGUUGAUCCAUUGUCACCAAGCCAAGGUAUCAAGCAUCUUUUACAAAGGAGGAAUUCUAAACAUCUGAAUCUGAAGGAUACUGGUGAAAGAUAUGAUAGUACUAGAAGUACAACUCUUGCUGAUAAGAUCCUAUCUACCCCGGGCAAAUCAAUGUCUGAAACAGUGAAUAGGAAACCUUUGCUCGGCACUUCAUUUGAAGUUGGUAAAAGUGCGGUUUCCAUGGACAACAAGGAGAGGGUGAAAAGAACUGACUUGAAUCAUGACACACUUACCUUACUAAAUGGUGCAAUAUGUGAGGAUGCUAAGAGGAAGAGAGGGAAAGGAUUGCUAAGUGAAAACAGUGGGGUACUUAGAAGCUAUGGAAGCAGUGCAUUACUUGGUAUGGGAUCAUCACUUCCUUCUAUGUCAGUUGGGCAUGGCCGGAGUCAGAUUGGAAUGGUUAUAUCUGAUAAAGACAAUUUAAGUUUGCAGAAUGCUUGUGCUGAUAUGAAAUUCAGAGACAAGGGAAAAGGAGUUGAUUCAUGUAGUGGGGUACAUUCCAAAUCUCAUCAGGAUCUAGCAAGUGUAAUACAAACUGUUGUUCCUCAGAGACCUAGGGGGCUGAGAAGGUUAGUUCGGAAUGGCUGUAUCUCUCCUUAUAACAUAGCAAGGGUCAGUAAUGAAUCUGAGGUUAACUGUCAGAAUGGAAAGACAUCUGGUGGACAGAAAUGUUCUUCGUUUGCUAGAAUUAGUGAUCAAGAUAAAUUACAGGGAAUUGAUAUAUUGGAUGAUUUGCAACCCAAAGUAAGCCAGAGAAAGCUGGUGAGAAAUGUUUGCAUCUCCCAUAACAGUUCAGGGAGUUCAAAACAGCCAAUAGAGGAUGAACUGAUGGAGAUAGAGUUCGGAAGAGUGCCAAAGCCUAAUAGGACAUCAAAUCAAAUACACAAUGUCAAUCCUGAUUCUAGAGGCAGAAGUGAUGAUGUCAAGAAAGGGAAAGGGAAAGCAAAAACUGAUAUUUAUACAAUGACAAAUGGGCAACAUGGUAAAGCUAAUUUUCCAUUGAGCAGGCUGGAUUCUAGGAAAGAUGUAGCUAUUUAUGGAGAUAGCAACACUGAUGUUUUGGGCUUUGAAGAUCAAGGAUGGAAGACAGACGGUUGGAGAGAAAAGGAAUCUACAGUGUCAUCAUUUAAGACUGCUAACAUAUGUGAGAGCGAAGCCUCUGGUCACCAAUCUGAUCAGAGUAAUGUAGUUGCAAUAGGAACUGAAAGACCUUCUUCUGAGUCAGACCUGGAAAGCAGAAGAAAAAAGCAUACAGAUAGGAAGCGGAAAUAUGGUUCAUCUAGUAAUUUUAAUGGUGAAAGCUCUAGUUCAGUUCUUGAUUGGCGAUUCUCAAAAUCGAGAUCGACUAAAACUCAUAAUCCUCAUGAACGUGGUAUUAUUUUGGGAUCAGUUAUAGAAGUUGAUGAGCUGCAUUCACCGGAAGCAAGAUCUAGUAAUCUUCAAGAACAAAGUCAUAGUAUUUUUGAUAGUUGCAAUGCAAUGACUAGGCGGGUUGAGUCAGAUGAGUUAUUCGCUCAGCAACUUCAAGAGCAGCUUUAUAAUGAAUCACCAGGAAUCAGAAACAGGGAGGAGAUUGAUGCAUCAAUAGCAUGGUCCUUGCAGCAAGAGGAGAAUGCUCGGCCUAUGUCUUUACCUUCAUGGCAAACUCAACGUAAUCGUAGGGACAGGUUAAUUACACGUCUGCAUUCUCAACAACUACCUGGGAAUUACUUGCCCCAGUCAGUAAAUACUGCUCAAUAUGGAUUAUCAAUGAGAUCUGCACCAUGGAUGAGAUAUGUUGACUUUCCCGAAAUGGAUGUUAAUAUGGGUCUGAAAAGUCAAACCUCGGCCGAAUCAUUCGGUGUGGACUGGUUUUUUCUGAACUGGCUAAGUUUUGGUAUCAAAACAUAUAGUCAAUAUUUUAAAAUUUAUUUUUUUAUUUUAAUGAUACUAGUUAUUACUAGCUGAUUAUUGCUUUUUUAUACCGAUACCAUAAUAGUCCACUUGAUGACCGAAUACCAGACUGAGAUAUUAAGCCAUCAAACACCUUUAUUUCUGUCAAGGUUUUAAAUCUAGAUCCGGUACUGGUUUUAGGAAUCUGCUGGACUGGUAUGGUAUUGGUGUAUCAGGCAUAUACUGAUCCGUACCACCUGGUACAACUGAAAAAAAAAAUUAAGUACUGAUUAGUUCCGGUUCAUAUGGUCCAAUAACGAUUCUUUCUGAAAUCUGUAUUCGAGACUGUGAUUUCUUCUACAAUUGGUUCUAUUGCCUUAUCUGUGAUGGAUUUCUGAUUAGUACUGUUUGUUGUUUGCUUAUUAGUUAUUAUUAAACUCGAUUCUAGAGGUUAUAGAGUAUAUGUUAUUAUCUUAUGUGCACUAAAAGGAUGUACAACUAAUUGUUAUAAAUAGACUGUUCAUGUUCCUAUGAAAAGUUUUUUUUAUCAUAAAAGGAUGUACAACUAUGAAUCUGAGGAGUCCACUAUCAAGGGAAUGAGGUAUGAAGGAGCAGCCAGCUAGGUCACUCCCAGGGGCAUUUGGUUCUUAGUUGUGACAAUAUUCAGAAAACAGAUUGGGUCAGGUCAUUUUCACCACAUCAGAUUGAUGACCAAGAAUGACACUGACAAGGCUUUAGAUCUAGCUACACCAAUUUAUAAUCAUUAGGUGACUCGACUCUAAAUGGUUGGGACUUUACGGCUUUAUUGUUAUUGUUGUAGUAGAGUAAGGAAUCAAGUCUUGGUCCCUACUAUAUGCUAGCUUUAGCUUGGACUGUGCUAUUCUGCUAUCAUACUACACUGACACUCAGCAUGGUUGCUGGAAAUGUUGGUUUGAUCCAAGGUUUGCGAUUUCGAAUCGUAUUGCUCGGUUUGGGUGGUACUUACCAACCCACCUGUGAACCGGUAUGCGGAUUGCCUGCUAUUGGGCGGUCCGCUCGAUAUAGUGGCCUGAUUGCGGCGAGGUUGAGGGAGAAGCAUCGAAGAAGGAAGAAGGAGAGGACAUUCGAAGAAGAGGGAGAAGAAAAGGGUGAAUUAGGAGAACCUCGGCGCGAACUUGUUUCCAUGCCCUUUCUCAAUCCUGAUUCGGCGUCGCUCUCCCUCGACGAUCUCGAUCCGGGAGGUAAAGGCAAGGAGAGUCGUAAAGAGGAGGAUUUUGAGGCGCGAGGAUCAGGGGAGGUGGCUGCUAAAGCAGCGAAAGAGGCGGUCUCCUUCAUUGCCUCGUUUGCGACUCUGCGGCCUUCUUCUUGGCCGCAUUCUUUGUCGAAGGCCAAAGACGUCUGUGGCCUUUGGCGUCUUUGCCGCCUUCUUCGUCGAAUGCCAUAGACGAGGCGACAAGGAGAAGAGGAGGAGGCGGCGUCGCCGAGGUUACGUACGCCUAAAUAUUUUUUAUAUUAUAUUAUAUAUAUAUAUAUAUAUAUAUAUAUAUAUAUAUAUAUAUAUAUAUAUAUAUAUAUAUAUAUAUAUAUAUGCGUAUUGCUCGGUACACCCUAGCAUAUUGCUCGGUUCAACAUACCGUACUUCAUGGAUAUAUUAUAAAAAUGAUUUUAUGGCUUUUUUAUGUUUUGGUGAGUCUUAAGAAUAGGUGCGAACACAUAAUUUAAUACAUCAAGAACACAUGCAUGAUAAAUAUCAUGACCAUAAUAAGAACCCAGUUAAUGAAAGAACACAAAAGCUCAAGUAUUAAACUCAAUUAUUGAUAUAACAUGAUAAUACAAGUAUAAUACAUGAUCCAUCAAGUGUCAGAUCAGUAUGACAUUAGCCUAAUGACCUAAAACCUACAUGCAUGGUUACUAACAACAUCAAGGUCAAUGUCACGUGUGUUUUGGAAUACUGGUUAUAUGUCAUAUAAUGUAUUGUGCUAUUGUCAAAUGAGGUGACUGUAACUUACAAAGAUCAGUAUGACAUUAGCCUAAUGGCCUAAAACCUACAUGCAUGGUUUCUAACAACAUCAAGGUCAAUGUCACAGUGUGUUUUGGUAUACUGGUCGUAUGUCAUAUGUCUCAUGCUAUUGUCAAAUGAGGUUGACUGUAACUUACAAAGAUCAGUAUGACAUUAGCCUAAUGGCCUAAAACCUACAUGCAUGGUUACAAUAUCAAGGUCAAUGUCACGUGUGUUUGAUAUACUGGUUGUAUGUCAUAUGAUGUAUCAUGCUAUUAUCAAAUGAGGUGACUGUAACGUACAAUAGUUUGUGUUCAGCUAACUGACAUAAGGGUUGAUAAUAGAACUCAGAUUGGGUAGAGAUUCCCUAGAAUAAAGGAUGAGUAUUAUUGAUAAAUAUACCCGGGGACCAAGUGAGUCAAUUAACAUGGACUUUCUGUAGGUACUGUAAGAUGGUGCACUAACUCAUGAACAUCACUCUGCCAAUGUAGGUGGGAACAUACAGAUUUUGCAGAGUGGGAUCAUGGGUCAACAUCAUAUGUUUUCUAGAGUCCAUCUUGGUAUAAUGACAGAGACCUUUAUGAAUUCUUGGUCUUGAAAUUGGUGUUGCUAUCCCACUUGUUAGCAAAGUCAUUUAUGGCCUUUCCCUUCUUUUCUCUCUCUUGUGACUCAUAGUAGCAGCUGCCAAAAGGGUGGAAAGUUGUGGCAAGCAACAGUAACCUCUUUGCAUCCAUCAGAGGCAGGGAAGAAGAAAAGAGAAGAGAAUGACAUUAGGGAGCUUGUUAUGAUGGCCUAUGCUUUCUGCACCUGGUGUUUCUUCUGCACAGGCAACAAGGGGGAUGGUAAGAUGAGCAAGAGAGCAGAUAGAUGAGAAGAACACAGAGAGUCUUAAUCCUUGAGUCUUUUGUUACUUAUUGAUGUGACAUCCUUUCCUAUCUAUAUAGCUUUUGGAGCUGUUUGACUUUGUGGUAGACUUCUAAACUGCUUCUUUAAAGUUGUUGGCUAGAUAGUCUGACUAUUUAUUCGAACCAAGGUAAGCAAUACCGAAUAAUAUCGUCCGGUACGGGCGGUACGUACCGAUCCAAUAGUAAACCGGUACACGGACCGUCCGUUAACGGGCGGAACGAAUAAUAAUAUUAAAAUAAUAUAUAUAUAUAUGUAUAUAUAUAUAUAUAUAAUUUAAAUAAACGAGGCGACGUCGAGUCGCCUCGGCGAUGCGACGUCGGCUUUUAAAUAAAUAAUAUAUAUAUAUAUAUAUAUAUAUAUAAUAUAAUAUAUAUAUACGGAACGGUAUACCGUUCCGUACCGUACCGAGCGAUCGUCGAAACUCUGGUACGGUACGAAAUUUCAGAUCUUGAUUUGAACAAUGGAGACUAAUUUUUUUAUGAAAGAUAAAUAGUUUGCACAUAUAACAUAAUUUUAAAAGUUAUUUUUUAGUGAAUAAUAUAUGUUUAGUCUUUAAGGUUUUUUUACUAAAAGACUUUAUAUGUUAUAUAGUUCUAUACACUUCACUUUGCUAAUUUAUGGAGAAUCUCGAUUCUUAUAGUUGAUGGCUAGCUAUGCACAAUCCGUGAUGAUCGAAGUUCAUUUUGAGUUGGACUCAAAUUUAGAAGACCACUGAUUAGGAGUCCCCUAUGUAGGACUAAGAGUUAGAUGACAAUUGAGAGUCGUCUAGGAGCCUUCCCCACUACAACUAUAAAGAGGGUCAACAGCCCUAGAAAACACAGAAGAGAUGGAGGCUGCAAUAACCUAGAGAGAGGAUGAAAUAAAGAGGGAAUCACCAGCAAGCUGCAGCCUCAAGAAGUCCAAGCUUUUGCCUGAGAAGUCCGAGUUGUUGCUUACAAAGUCCUUUUCAUAGUUAUGUGUUUAGAUCAAGGUUUGAAAUAUCGUAUCGUACCAGCGUUUCGGUAUGGUACGGUACUAUAUAUAUAUAUAUAUAUAUAUAUCGUCCGGUAACGGGCGGUCUGUGUACCGGUCAACUCGGUACAUACCGUUCGAUACGGGCGGUAUUAUUCGAAACUGUAUACCUUGGUUUAGGUAUACCUUUUCAAAAGGCAAUCUAGAUAAUUUUCUGUGUUCUCUCUUCUUUUGGUGCCUCUAUCAAGCCUCCCAUGAAGCAUGAAUCCGCUUGGAGGAAGGAUCAAGAUCAUCAAAUCCUUCCUCCAAACGGAUCAAUCAUAAAAUAAGUAAAUGUUAGAAUAUGUUCCUUUAAUUGGUUAGUGUGUUUUUUGGAGAGGUAAUUCACCUCCUAAAGUCUGUAUGGACUGUUUACAAUUUAGUUCAGUGUUUCCUCUUCUGAAAAACGUGGCUAGUAAAAACAUGCAAAUUAUAGCAAUCAGACAUACAGCUUUGUAGCUGUCUGAUCCAGAAAUAUGCUAUGGCUUUUAGUAUUAAUGUCUUAUCCAUUGAAGAAAGCCUACCAGUUUAUUAGUAAGAAUCUUGUCAGGAAAACAGGAAAGUUCUGUCACUAUAUUAACUUUUGUUCUUCCAAUUCUGUCAUUUGUUGUUCAGGUUUCUACAAAGGUGUUCCUUUAUAGCAUCUUCUAAAUUCAUAAUUAUAGAAUCAUUGAAGUUGUUCAUUAUUCUUUUUCAUUGUUGAAUAAUAAGGGGUUACAUCACAUCUUCUCCUUGCCAGCUAUGAUAUGUUCUUUCAUAAAUUGCAGAGGUCUGACUUACUUGAUGAACUAGACGCUGGAAUGAAUAGUAUUAGUUACACAACUAAUAUUCUUCACAUUCAACGGGACUUUGAUGA